AUGAUCAAAAAUGUAUUUGAAAACGAUCCAGAACAAUUUUCGUCAAAAAAUUUUCAGUCAAAUGCAAAUAUUGCUUAUGAAAUUGUUUCCAAAAUAUUAGAAAUGGGACUAUGUCAACCACUUCCAACAGAACUUCCUGGCGGUAAAUAUCCAGUUAUAAAUGGUCAUCGAUUUUCACCAAAAUUGUAUCAUAGAAUAUUACCUGAUGGGACUGUAACAAGACGGAAUUGGUUAUCAUAUUCUAAGUCAACUGAACGUUUGUAUUGUAUUGAAUGUAUACUUUUUCCUGGAAAGGGUAAAAAUGCUCCUAAUAAAGCUUGGGUUAUUGAUGGUUAUAAAAAUUGGAGUACUUGUACUAACAAAAUAGAAAACCAUGAAAAAACUUCAGCACAUAUUUACUCUUCAUUCGCACUUAAAAUUCGACAAUCAUCCUUACCAUUGGUACCAUCUAUAGCUACUAAAAAAAAUGAAGAAGUUUUCAUGAAUAGAGAAAUUAUCAAAGAGCUGAUUGACAUAACACUAUUUUUAGGAAGACACAAUAUGGCUUUUAGAGGGCAUAGGGAAAACUGGCAAAAUAAUAUGUGUGGCAAUUUCAAAGAUUUAUGUUCUUUAAUAUCAAAAUUUUCCCCUGCAAUGGCAACUUAUUUCAGUUCUCAAAAGCAAAAAUAUAAAAUUAAUCAACGUUCUCAAUACUCAUUUACUUCAUGGCGCCGACAAAAUGCGUUGAUUGAUAUAGUGUCAAAUCAUAUAAAAUCAAGUAUAUCUCUCAUUAUAAAAAAUUCAAAGUUUUUCAGUAUUGCCAUAGAUUCGACAUUUGAUGUUUCUCACCGAGAACAAAUUUCUUUUGUGUUCAGAUAUGUAGAUGAGGAAAAAUGUGAAAUUAAAGAGAGACUCUUAGCAUUGAAGGAUACUCCAAAAACAACUGGCAACGCCUUGUGUGAAAUUUUCAAAGAAGUGUGUACAUUAAACAGUUUAGAUUGGACCAAUAAUUUGGUUGGUCAAUCUUACGACGGCGCCUCAAAUAUGAGGGUGCGAUAUAAUGGAUUACAACAAUUAAUACGUAAUGAAAAUCCUCAAGCAAUAUUUAUUUGGUGUUUCAGUCAUCGCUUAAAUUUAACUGUCGCUGAUGCAGUUAGUGUAUGUUCAAAUGCCAUGGAUCUUUUCGGAAAUACGAUUUUAUCUAGCAGUAAAUUUCGUGCAGACGUAUAUGAAGAAAAUUACAACAAAAAAAACAUUAUCAUGGACAGCAAAUCCGUCGAUUAA